AUGGCUCGGAGCAAGCAGAGCCAUGUCACGGGCACCCCAUCGAACAGCCUGGAUCUAGUCAAUCUGGACUGGUACCUGGAAACAAUGCUGCGACCAGCACAGGGAUCGACAACGCAAGCUAUACAACAACAUCCCAUCCUCUUCCGCGAAUGGCAUACCUCGAACUUGUUGACGAUUGCAGGGCGUGGGAUUCCCGUGAAGCAUUGGGACAAGGUUUACAAGAAGAGGAGUGGGGUAGUUGAGACGGAUGCCUGGCAUGCAUUGAGGGUCGAGUGGGGCAACUGGAAGUUCUUGGCCGAGGAACGCGAUCGAUUUUCGUCUGAAGACGCGUUCUGGGACAAGCUGCAGAAGGAUCGCACCUGGACUGAUGCCGCAGACUACGAUGCGGCGAUGAGGUACUUCGGAGGUGACCUAGGCCGCUCCGACACCCAAGGAGUGUUCCGAUACAAGAAGAGCGGGAAGUGGAGGAUCUGCGACAAGAAGCUCACGGUUGCGAAGAAAUGGCGAGCGUUGUUGGAGAAGGAUGAAACAAUCCGGGCGAAACUGGGAAGCCAUGCAGGCUGCAAGCCCGUCGGAUUGAGGACGCACACAAUUAAUACCGCAUCACGGCUGUUGCUCAGGCUGUACAUACAUCGCCUCGCGCCGUUUCUGCAAAGCAUUGACGGCGAGUUCGCGGACAUCUCUGAGUCAUACACUUAA